GUGGCAACCAUCUUAGUACCCGCGCUAACUUCCACGCUUACUUCUACAUGCAACAACUCGUUGUUUUCUCGUACUACAUGCAACUUUCGGACAUAACCUGAGCCGGACAAACGAGUAGUCAUUCAACUAGAAUAUCUCCCAAGUGCUUGUCGGUAGGUUUGAUUUACCGCCAUGGACCCCUUUGAGGUACGCAUGCACUUCCUCUCGCUCCUCAGAAAGCUCAACGCUUCGCAGCAAUCCAUCCAGAAAGUCGUUGGUUAUGCGCUAAAGUAUUUUUCGAGAUGUGGGGAAGACCUGUGGGACUGUAUUGUUGAAGAAUGUCAAAAAGGUUCCAUCAACAACCGCAUAAACAUUUUAUAUUUCUUGGACUCGCUCUGCGAGGCAUGCCUUCUGGCCAAAUCACAUCCCCACAACGAACUCUCUUCGUCCUCCACAUCAACUUUCAAACCAAAUGCUAACGAAAAUAAUUCAUUCUAUGUCGACUUUGUUUCGCGCGAUCUUGGUAAAAUCGUGGAACAUGUGGUUCCAGAAGGCAGACAUGGCCUGCCGAAUCUGACAAGUACAAAGCAGAUUCUCGAGAACUGGCGUAGCAAGCGUGUAAUUGAUCCACAAAAGAUAGACGACGUCAUGACAACACUCAAUGCACGUAAAUCCUCUCUCGACGCCGGAGAUCCCACCUCCACUUCCGCCUCUCCUGCUUCGUCACUAAGUCGUGGGGAGAUCUUCAAACGCAUAGAAGAGGAUCGUGAGCGACAUAAGCGCCUGCGUGAACGACGAUGGGUUCAGCCCGUCUCACACACCCCAUUUUCUCACACGCAGCAUCUGGCUGCGUUUCUUCCGCUAACGGAUGAUCAAGACGGUGCAGAGGAACUUACUCUAGAUAUCGAGUUCGAGAAUGAGUGGGACGCGACAAGUGAUUGGAAUGAGGAUGAUGUGGAAGCUGCUACAGAAGAGAGUGAAUUGUGUUUUUCGACGAGAGACACCGGGCAAGGCGAGGGAGAGGAACCAAUGGAUUUGUCAUAACAAUCACCCUUACCAUUGUUAUCAAAAUUGUGUCAUAUACAAUACUGCAUUGCUCUAGAUCGAAAACAUU